GAUUGUUCCCCUUUUCCCGGGGUUGAGCAAAAGGAUAACCCAUCCCUUCCUUUCUACCGCCAAAUAUCGCACCCCAAAUCCCUGCCCGGCACCCCAUCUUUCCACCGCUCCUUCGCAGGCCAUCCCCCGCUUCCCUGCAGGGUCCUGCCUUGCAAGCGGGGAGCUUCUGCUGCAUGCCGAGAAGUUAAGCGAGGACUAAAAAUAGUCUGGAGCGGAGCCGGGCUCUUUGCUAUCACAAAGCCUGGGGUAGAAGAGGAGCAAAGCGGGGGGCUCAGCCCAGGCACCCGCAAAAGCUGGGACCAACCCGGACCGCUCAGGGCACUUGAUACGAGAGAAAAAACUCCCCGUGAGAAGGACGCCCGGGGCCGUGCUCGCUUCUGCUUUCUUACCCAGGCUUUGCUCACCCCAAGGAUGCUCUGCCCGCUGCUUGCCCUGGGAGCGCUGGCGCUCAGCCUGGCAGGUGCUAUGGAGAUCCAGGUCCCGGAUGAGCCCGUGGUGGCUCUUUUCGGCCGAGAUGCCACCCUGCGCUGCUCCUUCUCCCCCGAGGCCAACUUCAGCCUCAAUGACCUGAGCCUCAUCUGGCAGCUGACAGACACCAAGCGCUUGGUCCACAGCUUCUCCGGUGGCCGAGACCAGCUGGCAGACCAGGGUGGGGGCUACGCCAACCGUACGGCCCUCUUCUAUGACCAGCUGGCCCAGGGCAAUGUCUCGCUACUCCUCCGACGUGUGGAGAUCUCGGAUGAGGGCAGCUUCACCUGCUUCGUCCGGGUCCGGGACUACAGCAGCGCGGCUGUGACGUUGCAGGUGGCAGCUCCCUACUCCAAGCCCAAUAUGAACCUGGAGCCCAACAAGGACUUGAAGCCAGGAGAUCUGGCAGCUGUGACUUGCCACGCUUCCCGUGGCUACCCUGAGGCCAGCGUCCUCUGGCAGGACAGCCAGGGUGGUAACAUCACAGAAAAUGUCACCACGUCCCAGGUGGCCAAUGAAGAAGGUCUCUUUGAUGUGCACAGCGUCCUCCAGGUGCUGGUGGAGCCCAGCAGCACCUACUCCUGCCUGGUGCGAAACCCGGUGCUGCAGCAGGAGACCCAAGCUUCCGUCACCAUCACAGGCCAACACCUCGCCUUCCCCGCCGUGGCUCUCUGGGUGACGGUGGGACUCGCCAUCUGUGUCGUGGGGCUGCUCGCCGUCCUGGCGUACGUGUGCCAGAAGAAAAUCCGCCAGAGCUGCGAGGAAGAGGAGGAGAAUGCAGGGACAGAGGAGCAGGAUGAGGAGGGGGAAGAACCCAAGACAGCUCUGCAGCCGCUAAAGAGCGUGGAGAGCAAAGACGAUAACGAGCAAGAAAUUGAUUGAUGGGAGCUGGGACACCCCCCAAACAGCACCCUGUGCCCUGGACCAGCUGAGAUGUCCCCAGUGGGGACGAGCUCUGGGUCCCCUGGGGAGGGCACAGACCUGCUGCCACCCUUCAUCCCGGGGCCCCAUCACCCUCCUCCUUCCCCGGCCAUGUCUUCGGGGCGCCCUGGGGCUGGAGAGAGGCUGCGUCUCUUUAUCCCUGGUGAGUCCCGAAGACUGGUCCAUCCUUCCCAGGGAUGGUGUGCGUGGGGUGGAGGCUCUUCCCUGUCCGUCUGUCCGUCCCCACGUGGGGCUGAGAGCAACCGGGGUCGACCGUUCCCCCCAGCACCCUCUGUGCCUGCUCACGUGUAGCCACAGCUGAGCCAGCCGCCUGCCAGGUGCCUUCCAGGGCAAAUUUCGGUGCCCUUUCCAAGCCCAGAGGCCUUGAGAGGGGUGAUGGGCUCAGCGACGUCCAUGGGAGCGACCGAUGGAGCCCUGGAGGCUCCGGGAAGAUGGAUGGGACCUGCGGAACCCCCAGGCAUGGGGGGACAGAGCCGGUGCUCUCAGCCCUGAUGGAUGCACCUCUCUGGGGACGUGUGGGGACGAUUAUUUUUUCACGUUGCACCACUGUGGUUCCCGCUGGACUUUUAUUUUUGCCUUAAAUGCAAAAUCCCAUCUGGGCGGUUAUCCCCUGCCUCAAAUUAACCUGGGUUUUUUUUUUUGGGGGGGGGUUGAAAGGCAGGGCUUGGGGGGGGAACCUGCCGGACAGGUGAAGCCCUGCCUGUCCUCCCCAUGGUGACAAAGCUGAUGCUUUGAGGGCUAAAGCACUGGUGGGGAUGAACCUGGCUGGUGCGUGGGGUCGAGCCCUCAUGUUUCGCAUGGGAUCGGGGGUCUUUGCCCCUGUGCAUGUCCUGGGGGUCCUUCCUCUGCUGCUGGGUACCUGCAGGGUGCAUGGGGGCACCCAAGCCAUCGGGGUGAACAGGGUGGCAUGUCCCUGGUCCCGUUCCAGUGGGUGGAGAAGUUCCCGCUGUGCCCCUCUAGCUCUUCUGCUGGUUUUCGUCGUUAUUUAAAAUCCAGAAUCUAAAGGGGAUUUUUGUGCCUUGAACAAAUAAAUUCGGGAGUUGUUUUGGACAAUG